UACAGAUCUGAUGUUGCAUAUUUUGAUGGUUUGAAUGAGACUAUUAUAAGCGUAGGCUUAGUAAAACCUAAGGCAGGAAUCUUCCAGAAUUAUGUUAAAUACUUGUUAAUCCUCACAACGACAGUAGAAAUAACCAUUCUUGGUGUUACCAUUUCCGAUGAUACACAAGAGAUGCAGUUAGUUCCAGAACCAAUUUUUACUGUUGCUACUGAUGGAAUAGGAAUUGCUACAAUUGCUAAUACCAGUAGUGGUAGAAUCUUUCUUGGUGGUAGAAAUGGGUCAUUAUUUGAAAUAUAUUAUCAGGCAGAAAGCAGCUGGUUUGGUAAACGAUGUAAAAAAAUUAAUCAUUCCGAAGGUCCAUUAUCAUUUCUAGUACCAUCGUUUGUUACCAUGGCAUUGUCAGAGGAUGAAGCUAUAAUACAGAUAUCUGUUGAUGAUUCACGUAAUAUUUUAUACACUUUGGGUGACAGAGGUACAAUCACGGUUUGGGAUAUUGAUAAUGGCGGUGCCUCUAAAGUUACAUCAUUAUCCCAAGCUUCUUUGGUGCAAAAUGCUGUUCAUGUUGUUAAGACUCUGGAUAGUAACAAUUUUCGACCUCUCGUAAGCAUAUCAGCCAUAGCAGAAUCGGAGUCAGUACAGUUGAACUUGGUUGUCGUUGCAGCGACAGGAACUCGUUUUUACUUUAGCUGCACUUCAGUUACAAAUCCCUCAAGCAGGCCACAAGGUCUACAAUUGAUACAUGUUAGGCUACCACCAGGCUAUGCUGCAAAUGCUCCGGUAAUGAGACCACGGAAAGUUCAAAUGGCGUAUUAUCGAAAGGGAACUCUUAUUCUUAUGUGCGGCGGUGAUACGGAAACUGCAUGGUGUUUAAGCAACGAUGCUUAUCCAUUUACAAAUUAUUUGGCCGAAACUCAGAGUAUCUUGCCUCUUGAUAGCUCAGCUUGGGCUAUGGAGGAGAUUAUAAGAGAUUCGGCUAUACAGAUAGAGAAGCAAAGCACUACUCAGGGUGAACCUCCAUUAUUAGUGCGCCAACACAUGGAGCCACCAAGAAAAUUCAUCUUUCUUACAGCACAGGGAGCCAUAAUUUUGAUGCAAGUACGUCCUGUAGAUAUCCUGAGACAACUCCUUUUAGAACAGCGUGGACCUGACACUGAGGCAGUACGCGUAUAUUUUCAAACGCAGUCCCUGGAACAAGCUUGUGCUACUUGUCUAAUUUUAGCGACGCUCGAGAGUUCUCAAAAUGCUCAGUUGUCAGAAUGGGCAACUCGUGCAUUUUUCUUGUAUGGUGGACAACGAAUAACAGGAAUAGGUCCUUCAAUUGAUGCGCACACUACUUUUCCAAAUAUAAAUCCAGUCGACUUACGCACAUCUACGCCCAGAGUUCCUAGCUUUGAUUCUAGAGGACUCGUCUUCCGAUCACCGGCACAGAUGGGCCUUAGUACAGAUGUUGCUUUGCAACAUUUCUCUGCUAAACAUAGCGGAUUGUACCUGUAUGUGGGAAGAAUACUUCGUCCUAUAUGGAACAUAAGAUGUAUAAAACAAGAAACAAUAAAUAACAAAAACGUGAUAUCCAGUACAGUACCAGCGACACAAAUAGCUUGGAUCUUAGGACAUUUGCAAGCAUUGAGAUCUUUCUUGAACAGAAAUACCCAUAUUUCAAAACAACAAAGCAUAAAUAGAAGUCUAGCAGACGGUUUUGAAACAACCAUUCAAAGUCAUUUUCAAGAACCAAUCGUAGAAGAAAGAAACUCCUUGGAUGCUCUCAAAGUUUUCAUCACUCAUGCUUGCGAGGUUCUUGGUUUAUGGAAGAUAUUAUGUGAAAAUCAAUUAAACAGCAUUGUCAACUGUUUAUCAAAGGAUCAGAUCACUCAAUUUUCUACAGCCACCUUUAGGGAUUUAAUUUUGAUAGGUCAUGAAAUAUCUUCUUUACUCAUCGUCCAUUUAAUCGAUAGUUAUCUUGGGGAUAACGCAUCAGUGGAUUCUGUGAGCGCAAAAUUAAGAGAAGUGUGCCCGAAUUUGUACAGAACUGAAGAUGCUGUUUGCUCCAAGGCAAAUGAAAUUCUCUUAAAAGCAAAAAGUUGCACAAAUCCUGAGGAGAAAGAAUGUUACCUUCGAUCUGCUUUACAGCUUUGUAAAGAAGUAGCACCCAGAUUGAAUUUGAAUGCAGUAUGCCAACAGUUUGUGGCAUGCCAAUUUUACACUGGAGUACUUGAAUUGUGUAUCUGCUGUGCAGAAAAAAUAGAUCCUAACAAUGCUGCCUCGCAUUAUUACAAAAACAAUGAACCUAUAGAAGAUCAAGAAGGAAAUCUGGCUUUUACAAAACGAUUAGAAAUUUAUAAGGAAUUCACUUUGAUGUUAGAUCACUUGUAUCAUCAAAGUAUCUCUAAUCCUUUAACACCAACUAUACCGAGUAAGCCAGGACCUCCUUUACAAAUUGCAUUGACUGCUACAGUAACACCGGCAAAAGAAAUACUAAACGAUAUUAUACGCGAUGCACUGAAGGCACCGUGUGAAACGCUUCAUUCUUCUAUUUAUACCUGGAUGAUAGAGCGAGGACUUCAUGGCGAAUUAAUUGCACUCGCUGCACCUUCGCUAGAAACUUACCUUAAUCGUGUCAAUGCACCCGAAUUACUCUGGCAAUUUUACGAGAGAAAUAAGAAUCAUGCAGCGGCGGCGAAAAUUUUGGAUUCCUUAGCGAGCAAAGUCGGGCCAGAGAUACCACUGUCGAAAAGAGUCGAGUAUUUAGCACGAGCGGUUGUAUGUAUGAGAAGUGAUCAAACAGGAUACGCUCCCUAUCUUGGAAUUUUCUUGCGCGAAUUAGAAGAUAAAUUAGAAGUAGCUAGAAUGCAGCAACAGAUACUUGAUAUUAUCAGCAAUCAGCCAAACUUGUUCGAUUCGAUGACAAUUCCAGACGCAAAAUUGAGACUAAAUUCUUCAUUGCUCGAUAUUACACAGUUAUACGAAGAAUACGCAGAGCCCUUACAACUUUGGGAAUGCAAAUUGGCUAUAAUUCAUUGUUCAGGUCAUCAAGAUGACAUGUUGAUUAAAGGAAUUUGGACAAAUAUAAUUGAUAAUGAAUUGGAAAAUAUAACUGAACCUUCCAACGAAGAUAAGAUGACCAUUUUAAUGAGUAAAAUUAAAUUGCUUGGUCAGGAAUAUACUGGAUCGCCGCAUUGCUUUCCAAUUGAUUUUCUAAUAAAACAAUUGGAAAUGAAGGCAUGUAAAUACAAAGUAUCUAAUAUUAGUAUCAUAACCGGAUUCUUGGAAUUGGGUAUAGCAAUGGAAGAUCUUUUAGAUAUUUAUGAUAAGAUGAUUGGCAAAAAUACCCGUGUGUGGUUAAAUGAAGGUAACGAGUUUCAUUUAAUCGAAUCGACAGCAAAUUUAGUAAAUUAUUUUAUAACAAACUUGAACGUAACAAAUACUUUUGUCAGGAGGAAGAUAAUAACGAAAUGUCAAGAUGUUAUUUCGAAAUGUUUAACAACACUUUUUAGUAAACCCAAUGGUGGAGAUCUCGACAGAGAAAUAGCAAAUCUACGAUCAAUUCAAAGCAUAUUGAACCGUAUGUGA